AUGCAGGAAUGGCUAAAGAUAUCUUUAAUUUUGUGCGUUUUUGGGUUUUUGAAGGAGAUCCGUCCUUCGGAACCCUUUAUUUACGAAUUUUUGAUUGACCAUAGAUGGAGAAAUGUCACAGACGAAGAAGUAACUCAACAAGUUUAUCCUGCUGGUACUUACAGUUAUUUAGCACAUUUAGUUCUAGUUUUUUUAAUUACUGAUUUGUGCAGAUAUAAACCCCUAAUUAUAUUGCUGGGUGCUUCUGGUAUUGUUAUUUGGAGUUUACUAUUAUGGUCGAAGACUCUUUUCUAUCUACUGAUAGUAGAGGCUCUCUACGGAACAUUUUGCGCAACAGAAGUUGCUUAUUAUUCAUAUAUUUACACCAAAGUGCAUACAGACUAUUACCAAAAAGUUACCUCGCACACGAGAGCCGCCAUAUUGGCAGGUCGCGCCAUCUCAGGAAUAUUGGGUCAAUUGUUGAUCUCCUUCGACUUAAUGAACUAUAGAGAUCUGAACUAUAUCACUUUAGCUGCGAUGAUCGUCGCCACAUCUUGGAGUCUGUUUCUGCCUGCUUCCAAGAAAAGCAUUUAUUUUCAUCCGGAAGAAGAAGUGAGAAAACCUUUGUCUAGAAAAGCGGUGGAUGCUUUUACAUUAAUGACUACGCACUUUAAAACAUCGUUCACAAAUGUAUACGUCUUAAAAUGGUCUCUCUGGUACGCUUUAGCAACAUGUGGAUUCGUACAAGUACAGACGUACAUGCAACCAUUAUGGACAGCUAUAGUAAACGAUCCCUCCAAGCCAAUAUACAACGGAGCCGUCGAAGCAGUAUUAACAGUAAUAGGUUUUCUCGGAGCAUUAUUUGCCGGAUUUCUCAAAACAGACUGGAAAAUCAAAGGGGAGCUCUGCCUUACCUUAUGUUCUCUCUUUCAAGGCUUUAUAAUACUUUUUGCUUCGAGGACUAAUCAAGUCUACUGGGCAUAUGUGUGUUAUAUCGUGUUUGGUGGAAUGUACCAUUUUAUGAUAACAGUAACUUGUAGCGAGAUUGCAAAAUUUAUCCAAGAUGAUAGCUACGGAUUAGUGUUUGGUGUUAACACUUUCAUAGCCGUAGUUUUUCAAACUAUUUUAACAGCGGUUGUUGUUACAGAAGGCGUUGGGUUUGCGCUCAACCCUAAAGAUCAGUAUUUUGUUUAUGGUUGCGUCCAUAUAGCUAUAGCGGCACUUUUUAUUUGUAUAGGUCUUGCAGUGUGGAUGAAGAGAUCUAAGGAUUACAAGAAAGCAAUUAUUCUAGAAAACGCGAGCUAA